UUACGUAAGUGACAUCGAAGUGGGAAGACGGAGAAGACUAUCCGAUUAUCUUUUUGAAAAUAAAGAAAAGUAAAGUUUGUUUUGAGUAUUAAAAGUCAAAAGUAACGAAUUGCAGAUAAAAUAAAUUCGCUUUUCACAAGUUUUGAGUACUUGCGUCGUGUAAACUUGCAUGAACUUGGUUUUCAACAUUCCACCGAAAUAGAAAAAACACGAUGUGUAAGCCUACGAAAGAUCCUGUACCCGGAGAUGGGAUUCGUUCUCUAAAAAGUACUCCAUUGUUUCGCGCUAUAAACUACGAACUCUACAUUAAACCGAAUAAAGUGAUAAUGGCCAUUGGUGCUGUUGCAAUAACAGGAUGCGCUGGUUACAUUCUAUUUAUGCGUGCAAAAUAUGAAUCAAUGGGAUUCUAUACAGCAGUAGAUUCUGAUGGUAGCGAGAGAUUUAGGAAGAAAGUUUCAAAGUGGACAGAAUAAGCACAAUUGCAAUUUGCUUUGUUUCACGACGAUCGAAAUAUAUGUAAAUAUUCUACGAAAUUGUAAAUAUAGUCUUUAGUCCAUACAGUCAA